AUGAAGACAUUGAAAUUGGGAGCAUCUCUUCUUAUUUUGUUCUCUCUUCUAGUAGCACAAUGUCAAGAAGCUAAGCCUCAGGUCUGCAAACCUAGUGGCAACAUUAGGGGGAGAAAACCUCCCCCUGGACAAUGCAACAAAGAGAAUAACUCCGACUGCUGUGUGCAAGGCAAACUCUACCCAAUAUAUAGGUGUUCGCCGUCAGUUUCUGGUCAAACUAAGGCGGUUCUUACUCUCAAUAGCUUCCAAGAUGGUGGAGAUGGUGGCGGCCCAUCAGAAUGUGACAACAAGUACCACCCCGAUGACACACCAGUUGUGGCACUAUCAACCGGAUGGUACAACAGCGGGAGCAGAUGCCACAACUAUAUCACCAUAAGUGCUAAUGGACGAAGCGUGAAGGCUAUGGUGGUUGAUGAGUGUGACUCCACCAUGGGCUGCAAUAGCCCCGUUUGGUGUUCACCACCUGUGACCAACAAUACCAAGGCGGUGGUUCUCACUUCUACUAGUUAUGAGAAGGGUGGAGAUGGGUGGUGA